AUGACCACUAAAAUCAAGGAAAUCAAAGACAUUCUGGAAGAACAGUUUGGAAUAGAAAACUUUGAUUCAUUGAACGCAUUGAUAGAGGACGCAGCUCACUACAAAGCGGAGGAGCUCACGGACGAGAAACUAUUAGUUCUUGUUGAAAAUACAUUGGCAAUCAAUGCAUCUUUGGAGAAAUUACAAAGUGCAAUGAAGAUUGUUUCUAAAGUAGGAAGCUUAAAUGACCAUGAUCCCAAUUGGAUUAUUUCAGGAAGGGUCGAAUUAAAUAAGAUUUUCCAUUGUAUUGAUUCUCUUGAGUUUAACAUCGAUAAGUUUUUAAAUCAGCUCGCAAGGUUGCCAACUGAGAAAUUGGACACACUUUUGGAUAUUCUGACAAAGAUCUGCAACCAAAGUUUAAGUUUAAAAAAAAUAAUACACACCUAUAGAGAAAGAGUAGGAAUUUUGAGCCUUUACAAUGAGAUUCAAACUGAAGUAUUGACUUCAGUUCACAAUGAAAUUCUGUACUGUCAAGAACAGCUGGAUCUGAUAAUUGAAAAGAACAAACUACUGAAAAUUGAAAAGCACAUUGAGAGCUACACACUUGAAGAUUUCAAAAAGGAUAAAAAGAACAUAGAAAUGUUUCAAGACUCAGGCAAGUAUAGUGGAUUUAUAAUUUUUACCACAAUGGAUAGCCAGAUAUUUGAGGUUUACUCUAAUUUGUAUGAAUCAAUACUACCCAUUUCCCAAUCGUUGAAUUUGAUUCCACAAUCUCUCGAACAAUUUUAUUGCAGCUGUAAACGACAUUAUAAAAGCCUUGUGAGUGACACAAUAGCCAAAUACGAAAGUAUCUUGUCAAGGUACAACACCUACAGAAAAGACUUGAAAAGCUUCAAAGAUGACUACAUUGUUUCAAGGAAUGAUGCAAUUUGUAAGAAGGUUUUUGAUCUUGUGAAUGUCGACCAGAAUCACCCGCCAUCUGUUUUACAGGAUGUUCUUGAUAUUAUUAAGCCAAUAGAACAUUUCUAUGGAGUAAGUGAUACUUCUAAAGCCAAGCUAAGAAUAAUAGAGAAAACGCUAGCUUCAGCUGAACAAGAUGAAAACAUGAGUCAAACUGCCAUAAUGAAAACUAAAACACCAAAACCGAGGCGUACUUUUAGCAAUCCAUUGGCUGAUUCUUUAAAUAUGAAACCUAUACUAAGCAACAAUGUGCAAAAGAAAAACGAUGAAGUUAAAAUCUUUCAGACUCCCAAAAGUAUUGAUGAUAGCGUUUUCUCCAAAGAAAACAGACAAAUCAUACAAAGAAUGAAAAUGGGAAUACAACUGUCUACGGAUGAUGGUGGAGUGACUACACAUACGAGUACCCCAAGUAGUGUUGAUUCUUUUGGAAGUAGCAGCUCUUCUCCCGAUGUCAUGAAGACGAAAAAUAUCUUUGACUCGCCCGAUCCGUUCAUUACGCCAAAUAGUAGAAGUUUCAAUAGGUUCAAAAUGCCUCUUUCUACUCCAUCAUCAACUCCGAGAAUCAGUCCGACCAAAAAAUAUGUCAUGUUACCAACAGAUGAUGAACCUCAAUCAAGAAGGCUAUCUUCUUUCAAUAUGAGACCCCUUUCUAACUUUUCUUUAUUACAGUUUGAUCAAUCAACAGUAGUGAACAUACGAGCAUCAUCAGACAAUGAUGAGAGCGACACCUCUAUCACAUCGAUUCAUUCUGAUGAUUUGAUGGAAACGCCAGGCAAAUCUUUCCCUUUAAAUAUAGAUAUGUCUGUUUCCUCUACUUCUCCGGAUCUCUUGACAUCUCGUAUUCCAUUACCAAAAAGGCCAGAAUCACGGAUGGUUCUCAUACGUUCGGCAAGCCGAAUGCAGACAAGGGUAGGAAUCAGACAGCCCAUUCAGCCAAAACGUCCGGACUCUAGGCUCGAGAAUAUUGCAAGCUCAAUUUCUUCAAAACUCGGUACUGAUUCUCCAACAUCUGUCCACAGUUCUCUAAGUUCUGGAAUGUACUCCAGACCUACCUCCGUCAUGACCCAAAGAGAGAUGAUACCUCGUGAAAGGCCAAUUCAGCUUGGCCGACUACGACAGCCUGGUCAGCCUAGUUUGCAUAUGUUGAAGGCUAGGGGGGCUACAUCUCUGGGCUCUAGAUCAAGCCAUAUCCCAAAAUCUAGGAUAACAUCGAUCUGA